GUGGGGAGAAAGGAGAGAGAAGUUGAGCAUGGGGUGGGUAUAGAGUUGCCAUGCCCCCUGGAAUUCUGGGUAUCGCCUGGACUUUAAGCAUCUUACCCAGAUUGCUUAGCCCACCCGGAUUCGCCUGGAUUUCAGCUUUCAUUUUUUAAAAAAACGCCAAAAAAAGAAGGGGGGGGGAAGCUAAGCAUUAGCCCUUGAAGAAGCGGAGUUAUGGAGCAAAAUGUGCAGUCACAUUCUGCUCAACCACUGGACUUGGAUUAAGAGAGGAAGAGCACAGAAGGCUAGCUGGGAGGGUUUCACUUUCACAAGAACAGUAAUCCCCUGAGCUGUGCAUGAAGGAGUCCAGUGAAGUGCUGCGAGGCCAGAUGCAGUGCAUGAUGCGGACACUCCAUGAUCUGAAGAGGGUGCAUGACCGAGAACUCCAGUUGACUCCCCAGGAGCUGAGACCCCUCCCCGCCAUGCCUUCCCCCAAACAGUGCACCAGUCCACGGGUAUCAGCCAUUUCGGAAGCAGAUUCUGCCUGUUGCCUGGAGGGGACCGUGGAGGAGGAGGCUGCCUUCUCUCCUCCCAGCAGUGAGCGGAGCCUGGAGUUUGAUUCGGGCUACUCUGAAGUGUCGGGGAGCAGCUGGCGGGAUGAGGAGGCCCCACCACCCCUCCGAGCCAGCAAGCUGUCCUCAGGGGGCUUCUUGCGCCGCCGGGUGCCUGCCAGGAGGCCCCGCCCCAAGUCUGCUUCUGACGCCUGUUUGGAGCGCUGGCAGGAAGCUGAACCGGCAGAUGCAGGGGACUGGACGGUGUCCCUUCUGUCCCAGAGCCGCAACCGGCAACCUCUGGUGUUGGGGGAUAACUGCUUUGCUGAUCUGGUGGAGAACUGGAUGGACCUGCCGGAGGAGAGUGGGGAACGUGGGCGGCUGCAGCGCUGGCUGGCCAAGCCCCACGGCUUCCUACUCAACCUCUCUGGCAACGUACGCCGCAGGCUGGCUGGCAUCUCGCGCACAGAGCGCGCCAAGCAGGACCCUGAUGGGACCAAGCGUUUCUCUUGCCCUGCAGGCCUGGGUGCCCGGCCUCUGCUGCCCUAUUUCCAUCAGUCCCAUGCCAAUAUCAGUGAGCUUUCCACAGACUGUAGCAGCUUUGCUGCCCUCAUGAACUGCAGAAGCCGGCAGCCAAUCAUUUGCAAUGAUGUGAUUGGCUACAUCUAGCCAUUCUGAUCUGGGUUAUUGUUUUGGAUUGUUUUGUAUGCUUUUCUAAAGAGAUCUAUAUUUUUAUUGUUGUCAGUAAAUAAAUGUCUCUUUUUCUAUAUUAAGUAUGUCUGAAGUGUGUGUGUGUGUGUGUAUGUGAAUGUUAAUCAACUGUGUAGCUUUAGCAUACUGCUUUACCCAAAUUACCUUCUUGCUGCACUCUGAUUAAUUCAACCCCAAGUAGCUAAAGACAUCAGCUCUUGUCUACAUUUGAAGCAUAAUUAAAGUGUCACUGUAAAAAUAUAAGUAUGUAGGAGACAAGGAACAAAUAACUUUCAACCCAGAAUGACUUAUUUCCCAGGAGUUGUGAAUAUUUCAUAUUCUGAUUCCUUGGUCAUGCUUGAAUUCCCUUAACAAAACCACAGGCCUGAGACCGUUGGGCAAAUAUCAAUAUAAAUUCAUUUCCACUAUUGGAGAAUGUGGGGUCUGAAAUACAGGAGACUUCAUAAGAAACUUGAAACAGAGUAUUGCUGUGUUUGGUCUCCAAAGAAUGUACUGUAAAUAUAAUCUCAUUUCUUAUGGGACUGACUAAAGUAGCAUAUUUAUUCUAAUGCCCACUCCAAACUGCAAUGAGCAAAACCUAGGUGGUUUAAGAUAGUGAAUUACAUUGAUAAACCACAGUAGAACAGUUUGUGCCUGGUUCUCAGUACAAACUUUGGGAAGUCAACCAGAAAGAGAACCACUCUACACUUCUAACUAUGGGAAUUUCCAAAGGUCUGGCAGAGGAACUGUAAAUAUUGCCUAUGAGGAAAAUUACUCAAAGUAGUCCCACUGCAAUUGCCUAACCUAACCCCAUGAUUACUUUGAGUAAUCUUCAUCAUGUCAGCCAACAGCAAGAAUUCACUUGCAUCCUGGGAUAUAUUUGUCAGUAUAGUGGGUAUCAUAUUGAAGGCAUCUAGCUGGCAUUUUUUGAGCAGAAUGUGUUGGCUUCAAAUAUACACGGCAAAAGGAAUCUUUAAAGCAAAGUUCAGCUUGGUCAAUGUGGGAGUUAAUGUGCCUAUAAAAAUAAGGAAUUUGGUUCAUAAAACUCUCAAAUGUUUCUAAACACUAAUGUUUCAUGUUUAUCUAGAAUGUUCAUUAUACUGUACUAUGAAAGAUCAAAAUAACGAAUCGCCAGUGAAAUCAGGUUUCACCAAGGCUUUCAAAUGUUCCACAUGACAUGUGCAUAGUCAAAGGAAAUUACUUAGUUCUGAUUGACAAAUGUGUGUUUUCAGCUUUAUCAACUAUAUGUAAUUAUUAAAAGGAACACAGCAUGUAAAAAUAAAGCACACCAACAGUCACACCUAACAGUGUUGACUAAUCGCAUCAGCAGCAUCAAAUACGUGUGAGGAACAGAUAACAAGGGGUGCAGAAGACAAGGGCAGAUAACAAGGGCUGCAGAAGACUAGCAGACAUCAAAAACUCACUUUGUCUCCAAAUUGCAUUAAAACUGUCAGACUCAAGGUUGCAACUCCUGCGCAUCAUUGGUUGGAUUAAUAGUAGCAACAGAAGGAUGAUGCAAAACACAAAGAUGGAUAGAUAGAUAGAUGGAUAGAUAGAUGGAAAAGCCUUAGAAACUCCUAAUACAGAUCAGGGAGUGAUCUGAAAAAUGAUGUACUAUGGCCAGCGCAGUGGGGAAAUGACUAGCAAGCCAGAGGUUGCUGGUUCGAAUCCCCACUGGUAUGUUCCCCAGACUAUGGGAAACACCUAUAUUGGGCAGCAGUGAUAUAGGAAGAUGCUGAAAGGCAUCAUCUUAUACUGUGGGAGAGGAGGCAAUGGUAAGCCCUUCCUGUAUUCUACCAAAGACAACCACAGGGCUCUGUGGUCGCCAGGAGUUGACACGGACUCGACAGCACAACUUUAUAGUCAGGGGGGAAAAUGCCAAAAUUAAGGAAGUGGUCUAUUUCCAAUAGUAUUCUGACAGAUGCCUCUGGCGACUUACAAGCAGGAUAGAAUUGUAAUAAUCACCCUCUGUUUAUCCCCAGCAGCUGGUAAACAGAGAUUGGUUUGAAGCUGGCAGUUCCAUUAGGGUAUCAUGGCUAGUAGCCACUAACAGGUAUAUCCUCCAUUAAUAUGUCUAAACCAUUAAAAAAAAAAAAAUCUAAGGUAACAACCAUCCUCAGCUUGUGGUAAACAAAUGCACAUCCCUACCGGAAGAAUGGUAUAUAGUUUACAUGGUUAUGUUUAUCCCCACACAAUCCUGUGAGGUAGGUCAGGCUGAGAGAAAGUGACUUACCCGGAGUCACCCACUGAGUUUCAUGGCUAAAUGGGGAUUUGAACUUGGGUCUUCCUGGUCCUAGCCCAGCGCUCUAAUUGCUACACCACACUGGCUCUUUGUGUCCCUAAUAACCCCAGCUGGUUUGGCAGAAUUAGCAAUUACUUAACAGGGAUCUGAAUGGUGGGGCUCAGGGCACUGAAGUUAGGAGGUGCUAUCAAAAAUCCUGAGGGUGGCUGUCCUGAGGUUUUUGCAGUUGCAUCACUGCAAUCAUGAGGGCUAGAAAUAUAUUCUAGAAAUCGUUAAAAGCUGCUGUGGUGGUAAGACUAUUGCAUUGAACACACACUGGAAUAACUAGUCAACCAAUUUCUAGAUCACAACCACAUUUAGAGUGUAUCCUGAUGUCUCCCCACCUCAUCUCAAGAUCAGAAUGGUUCCCUAGACUUUGCAUUUCCAGAAAGAUAGCUGUGUUAGUCAGUAGCAGUGAAAACAAGAAAGAGUUGUGCAGAACCUUAAUGACCUUCACAUUUAUUAGUGUGUAAGCUUUUAUGGACUACAGUUGAUUUCAUCCAUGAAAGAUCAUGCUAUAAAUAAAUUUGUUUAUCUUAAA